UUGAAAGUGUUCUAGCCGGCGAGUGUUCCUCUCUGAUCAAACAAAGCACAAAUCCGUAUUGACGAGUCAUAUCUGACAUUGGUUGCUAGGUGUUUUGUAUAGAAAUCAUUGAGUUUAUGUGUCAUGUUUGUGCAAAGGUAGAGGAUGUGAUAGCCUCUUUCAAAGAAGUCAUCGACAAGAAAAAUGAAUUUCUAUACAAAGAGAAGGUGUAGCUUUGUGGUGAUCUUUUUGUAUACCUUCUUCAAUGGGGUUGAAUAUGCUGUGGUGUUCCCAACCCUUUGGGAAUACCUCCAAUCAUUAGGGGUUCCUAGUUCAGAUGUUUAUCUCUUGGGUGCUUGUAUAUCAGCUGUCACAGUCACUGAUAUGUUUGCUAGCUUAGUGGUGGGUCGGCUCCUGGAUUGUUUCACCCGAGUCUCUUGGUUUAUUCUCACUUUAAACUUGUUCCAAAUUGUAUCUGGUCUCAUUUAUGGCUUUGCAAGCUCCUCUGCAUGGAUUUUGGUCAGCCGAUUAAUUGCUGGCGUGGGUAAUGUGGCCAGUGUAGCUUUAAUGACGGAUGUGACUCGGGCUACAUCCAGAGAGGAGCGAACUUCAGUUCUAGUCUCAUUUAGUAUUGCUCAACAAGUUGGAUUAUUGUUUGGUCCGGCUUGCAAUUUGUUCAUUCGGAAAGUUUCCUUUACACUUUUCGGAUUUGAGGUUAAUAAACUCAAUGGCCCUGGAUUCUUUCUAGCCACCAUGUACUUUGUAUUUGAGUUCGUUGUGUUGUUUAUGUACUAUGACCUUGCCAAAGAAUAUGCCAAAGAACAAAAGCGAAUCACCGAAGAGUCAAUUGAUGAAAGUUUGGAGGUCAAUCUUGCGCCAAGGGACGAGGUAACCACCCAGAUCUUGGACCCAAACAUAAGUUGGGCUGAGUACAAGAACGAGUUGUUCAGAGCCGAAAUUGUGGCCCUGGUUUUCCUCCGAUUCAUUGGGUUAUUUGGACAAACAUGUUUGGAGGCUGUGCUUACUCCCAUGAUGAUGACGUUUUUUAACUAUUCCGAUUUUGAGAAUAGUAUUCUAUAUCUAUUGGGUGGUUUGGAACUGCUGGUUGUAUCCAUUCUCAUGGCUAUUAUCUCUAAGAAGGUGUCCGAUCGAUCCUUCAUAACUUUCGGAAUCUUCAUCAGCAUUGUUACCUACGUGUGGAUGCUCAUCUUUAUUCCACGAUUUCAACCCGGGGACCGAUCCAACUUGGGCUUGUUCGGUGUUGGUUUCAUCCUGGAUUUGAUCGGAAUCCCAAUCUUGUUAGAUAUCGCCCUGUCACUUCUCACCAAACUAGUCAGAGAUGAGGUGCAAGGAUUGGCCACGGGAAUUCGUCGAUUCUGUAGCAAUAUUGCUCUUCUGUUGGGACCUUUAUGGGGAAGUGGAGCCUUACCCUACCUGAACACCUUGUUCAUCUUGCCCUUGGCAUUACUUGUUGUCGCUGCGAUCAUGUUUGCCCACUCUUAUCGGAGCUUGUAUGUGAGGCCAAGUGUUACUUCUACCACAAGAUUAGCAACGGGCGAUAACGAUUCCAGUGAAGGAGAGGAAAUCCUCUCAGAGCGAACACCAUUAAUUCAGGCCUAGUCUAACAUUUUACUCAAUCAGAUCUCAAAAGAUGAAAUAUAUAAUAACUUACAUUUACAUUGAUUUAA